AUGGCACAAGAAUCACAAGAACUGCCGCCAUGGAUGACCCUCGUCUCCUCCGUUCUCACGGACUCGAACGGUGAACCGACUGCGACUUCGUUCACCACUCUUCAGCUACCCUUGACAUAUUACGGGCCUUCGAUACCGCUCGGAACGGGAUGGAUAUACGGCGGCUCUACGUCUCCGGCGUCAACGUUGCCCACCGCGUCCGCUACGGUCACGCCCACGACAUCUGCGAUACCUUCUACCUCUGCGAUACCCACAUCUUCUUCUUCCAACUCUUCUCCAACCUCUUCCCCAACCUCUACCUCCUCUACCACCACCACCACCUCCGCACCAUCCUCAUCCUCCUCCUCCUCCUCUUCGCUCUCACCCACCUCCACCACCACCACCACCACCUCCUCAUCCUCCUCCCCAUCCACAACCCCCACCGCCCAAACCUCCUCCUCCUCCACACACCACAACGCCAUCCUCAUCGGCGCCAUAAUCGGCUCCAUCCUCGCCUCCAUAAUCCUCCUCUUCCUCCUCGUCCUCCUCUGCCGUCUCCGCCGGCGCCGCGCACUCGCCUCCUCCCUCCGCACCGAUGAUCCCCUCUGGAUGUGGCAAGUCGUUGAGAGACCUCGUCCGGAAUCUAUGGCAGCAGAAGGAGUGAUGAGAGAGGAAGGAGAAGGAAGGGUGCCGGGAUCGCCGGGAGAGGGCGUGCCGAGGGAGAGUGGGGGGGAGAGGGAUUCGUUCCUUAGACGGAGUGCGGAAGCGAGAGAUGGGAUGAGAGAGAGGGAUACGACGGCUAGGCUCGUUGGCGGUGGUGGUGCAGCUGCUACUGCUGCUCUACUCACUGCCGCGCGCGAUCGGAAAUCGUCGAACGAAUCCGGCUACGCGAGUCUCCACAAUGCCGCGCCCGGCUCGAACAACAGUAACGGAAACAGUAAUGGAAACAGCAACAGCAACAGCAACAGCACCAACCCCUCCCGGCACAUAAUCCCCCCCGACGUCCUCAUCCGUAUGUACGACUCCGACUCCUCCUCCCACGACCAUGAACCCCAAGCCGACUCCCCCCUCUUACCCCCACGCACCCUCGACCCCGAUAAUCUCGGACCCCUAGGUCUCGCACGCCCAAAGUCGUCCGCUACCUCUCUACGCUCUGGCCGCUCCGAACGGUCCGUCACACCUGGGAAUGAGCCCGAAGGCGCGACGGUACAUACCGCGCGACGUGUCCGACUCGAAAGGCUGGAGAACACGCAACCCCGCGCCCUGUCACCCAUCGAUGAUAGGGAUAACUCGUCACCGGAAACUGGAGCGGGACCAAGUGCGUGGGGACGUGUGGUUGGACUGGCGGGAUUAUCGAAGAGGUUGAGUUGGUUGAAUCGGAGUCCGUCGCCGCCACAUGGUAAUGGCGGCAGCUCCUCGAGACCACGCACGCCGCGAUCACCUACGCGUCCGACGUCGUUUGUGGGUAUCGCUAAUAAUCAUAAUACGAGACCUACGUCGUUUGCGGGUCGGGGCCUCGCGGAUCGGGAUUUGGAGAGCGGGAGGGCUUUGCUGGAGAGUGGGAGUGGCAGUGACGGUGGGAGUGGGAGGGCUGGUGGGUUGUUAAGAGCGGAGAUGGGGUACAGAUUAGGAGAGGGCUCGCGACCGAUUUCCACCGUCAGCAGCGGGAAUAAGAGCGGUGGGAGCGGUAAUGGAGGGGGUGGAUCGACGGUAUAUCAUUCCGCGUCCUCAAGACCUGAUUCCAACACACCCUCUACUUCGGUACCACCCGUCCCAGCCAACACUCAGAACACGCAAACAUCCGCGGGCUCGAAACCUUCCAUGGGAGGACGGAGCGGUUCCUCGACGGGUAAUACAGUCUUCCACGACGCGUAUUCGAGGCCGGGGACGCCUUAUUAUACGCCUGCGCCGAAUACACCGAUUAGUCCUGCGCCGGUGGUGGUUUCGAGUGUUGGGUCGAGGGGGACGCAGGCUACGCAGCUCUCGACGAGGGAUCAGCAGCGACCGGAGGGGGAUCCGCCGGCUUAUGAUCCUUAUCCUACUCCUGGUGCUGGUGCUGGUGCUGGUACUGGGCAAGGCCAACGCCCGCCUACGGUCUACGUCACGCCGACGACGGAGUUCCCGCCUGGCACUGAUAUUCUCGAUAUGCCCGCUCCGCGACCUGAACCGCCUUUCACUUCUGCAUCCUCUUCUGCGGCUGGCCAUUCCACGUCUGCUGCUGGCCAUGCCUCCUACUCUGCAACUGCGGCCGGUCGUUCCACCUCUACUUCCGGUCCAGGUCGUCCCACUUCGUUGCCGCCGCCGGGUUUACCUGUUCCGCAGGUGUGGAAAGACGCGGCGUCUUCGGGGGCGGAGAAUAGUGGAGGGUCGAGUAGGGAGAGCCCCGAUAUCGUUAUUGGUGGUGUUGGCGUCGGUGGUGGAGCAGGGAUUGACGUGUUGGAGGAGGCGCCGCCUGCGGCCGGGGAGGGAUGGAGGACGCUUUCGAGGAUGGCGGUGGAUGGUCAGCAGGGGAGGAGGGCGACGUUUGGGGUUUCGCCGACGGUCAUCCAUCCACGAGAUAUCACCCAGUCCGAACACGCCUCUUUACAUUCCAUGCGUUCCAGCCCCCAGCUACACCUCAAUCGACACUCACCAUUCCGCUCCUCUGGCUCGUCGCCCUCUUCGCAUCUCCAGACUAGCUCCGGCGGCACCGGUACAGGCCACUCAAGAGGCCAGACAGGAUCAAGCGGUCAGACCGGAUUGAGUGCCCAGACGGGAUCAAGCGGUCAUUCGCUCACCUAUCCGCAUCCCUUGAACCAUUCGCCGUCGCUCGUCUCGGAGGACGGGAGGAGGUGGAGGACGUAUCAUAAUGAGAUAUCGCCACCGAUUUCGGCGGUGGGGAGGUCGAGUAUGGUGCCAAUGAUUCCGAGUCCGAGACCUUCGAGUCCGAGCUCGGGCAGCAGUAAUACUAAUAGUGUGAGCCCGAAUGCGAGUCUUGUGCGUGGUGGACCACCUCGGCCGGUGUCGACGAAUCCGUUUGGGCCCCCGCGAUCACGAUCACCACCACCGCCAACACAGUCAGUCAUACCAUCGCACAUGCAACAGGUGCAGAAUGGGACGGUGACUUCGACGGGGACGGGGCAGACGGCGGGCACGGGCACGUCGAGUAUAACGACGCAUACGAGUGUCGUUGUGGAUCCGGUUACGGGACAGGUGAUGAGGUUGCCGAGUGUUCCGUGGACGGGAGGGCUUGGAUUUGAUUAUGGCAUUGGUGGGGGUGGUGGGAAUGGGUAUGGGGACGCGAAUUCGUCGUUGGGAGGGAGUUGGGGGAGUCCGAGCCAUUUGAGGGCGUUGAGGGAGGGUAUGGGGAUGGGCGGGGAUGGGGAUGGGGAUCAGAGUGCGGGGAGUCAUACGUAG